AUGGCCGUUGCAGUUAAAAAGGAAAAGACAAAGUUUGCUCCCGUCAGGGAAGUUUUAUCUAAAGAAGAUCAUGGCAAUUACACUAAAUUUCAGGACACUUCAAAACUGGAAUGGUUCUGUAGGACAUCAAACCACAAGAAAUUUAAGUCGCACAGUUUGUUGAAAGCGGUAAGAAACCCUACAGAGACAAGAAUAGAGACACAAACUCUGUAUUUUACGGAUCUCACCAACGACAAAUGCGGGUUUAUCCAGUUAUUAUAUUCUAGUGUUAUGGGGGGUAUAUAUAAAGGGUUUCAAUUAAAUUUCAAAGUCUUUAAAGCUAGUAGUGGCGAUGAGUCUGAAGAAAACAUAGAUAUAUGGGAAAGUUUCAAAAUUGAAAACAUAAAGGAUUUCGAUACGCUGAGGGUAGAAUCGGACAAUGUUAUUUUCCACUUCGUGCCGCUAAAGGACCCUUCAUCCGACGGGUUUGCUCAAUUAUCGAUUAAAAUAGAUAUUCCUAAGGGGAGCGCCUCUAAUUGUCCAUUAAAAGAUCUAAAAGUCGACUUGGUUGUCAAUCUACAAGAGGGAUUUGUAAUAAAUCCGGACGGUUCUAAUUAUUAUCUGGAUAAGAGCAUAAGCUUGGAGGAUUUGGCUAAACGAGGCUCUUCUGCGACUUCUAAAAGGAUGAUAAGACAUGUAUUUGUUCCUAGAGGGUUUUGUAAUGGUACCAUAUCAUACAAGAAAAACGGUCAGCCGGUACAUCUAAAUUUGAAGGACACACCUAUGUUGUAUCUUGAUGCUGUCCAGGGGCUAAUACCUAACAAGGCGGCCAGUAAAUGGAAUUUCCUUUGUUUCAACGGUAAGAAGCUUUCAACAAUGUGUAUUGAAUUCACCACAACAAAGGAGUAUGGUAGUACCACAGUAACUAUAUGGGCUGUGAGCGACAAGGAUAAAAUCUUGGAAAUCGGAUCCAGUGUAAACGAUCAUGCUGUAAAGUUCCCAACCACACAAGAGGAUGAGCAAAAUGGUUGGAAAUACCCUACAUCCGUCACUUUCCCUCGCGGGUUUGAAGAAGCAAAUUUAAGGUUAGUUAACAGGUACGAUAUAAUGGGUGAACUACCCGCUAUCAUCAAAUCCAUUGCUGAGAAUUUAGCAAACAUGAAACCUUUCAUCUACCAGUUCUGUCAAAGAUCAAAAUACGAAGAUGAUGAAGGGAUUUCUAUUAUCGAAAGCACGUUCAUCAGCUAG